CUGUUGGGUGAAAGGUUAGCCUCAAUGCUUGAUUACAAUGUCUCCCAACUAUGCGGGCCAAAAUGUACCGAACUGAAAGUGCGUGAUGCUGUACGUCGAUUUACAUGGGAGCCACGAACUUUGCUACAGCAAAUUGUCACUGUUUAUUUGAAUUUAUCAUCUGAAAAAUUUGCCGAAUGCAUUGCCAAUGAUGAGCGCUCAUACACACCGGAAGUUUUUUCGAUGGUAUUAUCACGGUUGCGUGCUAAUUCAAUUGCGCCAGUGAAUGAGAUUGAACGCCUAAAAAAUCUUGCUGAUAUGACCGAACGAAUAUGGAAGCAGAAAGCUCAAAAGGAAGAAGAUUUUGGCGACGACUUCCCUGACGAUUUCCGAGAUCCUGUAAUGAAUACACUGAUGACCGAUCCAGUUAUACUGCCAUCUGGACAUAAAAUGGAUCGCAAGCAUAUCAUGCGCCAUUUACUCAGCUCCCAAACGGAUCCUUUCACCAGACAGCCGCUCAAUGAAAACCAACUUAUUGCGGGUAUUUCUGUUUAUGAAUUCACUAGAACUGAACAAAUUCGAUGA